GGAUCUUCGAUUCCUUCCUACUUUAAUCUCUCAAACUAGAUUCCACUAAUAUCUAGUUUUCUCACUGUUUCUGUAAAUUUCACGCCUUUAAACUAUAAUUCUGUUCUUGAUUUCCCGAUUGUUGAUAGAGAGCUCAUAGGACUGUUGAUCUUUGUUUUGGAGAUGGGUAAAUUGGGUGGUAAUGGAGAAGAUAACAGGAUAAUCGAGAAUGGCGGUGGAGAUUGUGGGGUAAUAUUGGGUUUGGAUGGUGGAGCGACUUCUACUGUUUGCGUUUGUAUGCCUUUAUUCCCCUUUUCCGAUCUCGACCGUCUGCCUGAUCCCCUUCCGGUUCUGUCUCGCGCUGUCGCUGGUUGCUCCAAUCACAAUAGCGUGGGAGAAGACAUAGCCCUGGAGACUUUAGAACAGGUUAUGGAUUUAGCUCUUUUAAAAUCAGGUUCGAGCAGAUCAGCUGUUCGAGCUGUUUGUUUGGGUGUGUCUGGUGUUAACCAUCCAAGGGAUGCAGAAAGAAUAUUGACUUGGCUGAGGGAUAAAUUUCUCGGCCAUGUUAAGCUCUAUGUUUUCAAUGAUGCCGUAGCAGCUUUGGCUAGUGGGACGUUAGGGAAGCUUCACGGAUGUGUUUUGAUUGCUGGAACUGGCAGCAUUUCUUAUGGAUUCACUGAAGAUGGUCAAGAAGCUCGUUCUGCUGGUGCUGGACCUAUCUUAGGUGAUUGGGGAAGUGGCUAUGGAAUUGCGGCAAAAGCACUGACAUCAGUGAUUAGGGCUCAUGAUGGUCGCGGUCCACAAACAGAACUGACAAACAAUAUCUUGCAAUCACUUGGUCUUUCUUCUCCAGACGAACUCAUUGGGUGGACCUAUGCAGAUCCAUCUUGGGCAAGAAUUGCAGCACUUGUUCCAGUGGUGGUAUCGUGUGCAGAAUCUGGAGACGAGUUAGCAAACAAGAUAUUAGAUGAAGCGGUAGAAGAAUUAGCCACGAGUGUAAAAGCAGUCGUUCAAAAGCUUAGUUUGGCUGGAGAAGAUGGAAAUGGGGCUUUCCCAGUUGUAAUGGUUGGAGGUGUUCUUGAAGCAAACAAGAAAUGGGAUAUAGGAAAAGAAGUUAUUCAUUGCAUCCAGAAGACAUACCCUAAGGUUUCACCAAUUAGACCCAAGGUAGAACCUGCAGUUGGGGCAGCCUUAUUAGGUUGGAACUGUUUGAUGAAUGAAACAAGAGAUGACCAUAGAUGACAAUAUCAAUUUUAAUCUUUUGUGAAUUCUUCUUGAUUUUAUGAUCUUCAGCCUUUUCUUCUUCUAUUUUUCCUUUCAUUAUGACAAGAUUAUUCUAUCUUCAAUAGAUAGCAGCUUGUUUUGUGUGAGUGCUCUCAGAUAUGUAAAUGGAAAAGAUUGAUGAAUUAAUUCAAACAACUAUAUAUAUUUCACAGUUCAA